AUCUGUCAACUUUACUUCUGCAUUUGACCGACAAAGAUGGGACGCGAGUCGAGACACUACAGGAAGCGCUCGUCUUCUCGGGGACGGUCAGGAACUCGCUCAAAGAGUCGCUCUCCGGACAAACGGUCCAAGAAAGAUGACCGGGAUCGAAGCAGAAGGGAUCGAUCUCGCAGCCGGGACCGCCGCAGGUCUCGCUCCCGAGAAAGAAAGCGAACCAGGCGCUCCAGGAGCAGGGACAAGAGGAGAUCUAGGAGCAGAGACAGGAGGCGGUCAAAGAGCAGGAGCCGAGGCCGGAGGUCCCGGUCCAGCAGCCCCUCCAAGAAUAAGAAAGGAGAUGAAAAGUCAAGGAGCAAGGAGAAAGAAGGCCUUGACACCUUAUUGGAGAAGAAAAAGCCUAAAGAGGAGAAAGAUGAUGAGAAAGUUGAGGAUCAAGACUUUGACCAGAACAAGUUGGAAGAGGAAAUGAGGAAGAGGAAGGAGCGUGUGGAAAAGUGGAGAGAAGAGCAGAGGAAGAAGGCCAUUGAAAACAUUGGUGAGAUCAAGAAAGAAUUGGAGGAGAUGAAGCAGGGCAAGAAGUGGAGCCUGGAGGAUGAUGAUGAUGACGACGAUGAAGGAUCUGCUCCGAUGGAGGCAGAUGAUGAUGAAGAUGGAGAAGGUAAAGAGGAGGGCAAAAAUAAGGGAAUAAAAGAGGAGGAGAAGGAAGAAGGUGAGAUGGAGACACCCAUGGAGCAGCAGGCUGAGGAGGAUGAUGUAGAUCCCCUGGAUGCCUACAUGGAGGAGGUCAAAGAGGAAGUGAAGAAGUUUAACAUGGGAGCCAUGAAAGGAAAUGAUAAGAAGGGAGCAAUGACAGUAACCAAAGUGGUGACAGUCGUUAAAACCAAGAAAGGGCCUCACACUCACAAGAAGAAGGGUGAGCUGAUGGAGAAUGAUCAGGAUGCUAUGGAGUACUCAUCAGAGGAGGAAGAGGUAGAUCUGCAAACAGCUCUGACAGGCUUCCAAACCAAACAGAGGAAAGUCCUGGAACCAGUUGACCACCAGAAGAUCCAGUAUGAGCCUUACCGUAAAAACUUCUAUGUGGAGGUACCAGAGCUAGCCAAGAUGACUCAAGAAGAAGUGAAUACAUACCGUUUGGAACUGGAAGGCAUUACUGUCAAAGGUAAAGGCUGUCCCAAACCCAUCAAGACUUGGGUGCAGUGUGGAGUGUCUCGAAAGAUCCUCAGCGUCCUGAAAAAGCAAAAUUAUGAGAAGCCAACCCCCAUCCAAGCUCAAGCCAUUCCUGCUAUCAUGUCUGGUCGAGACCUCAUUGGCAUCGCAAAGACCGGCAGCGGGAAGACGAUAGCAUUCCUCCUGCCCAUGUUCCGACACAUCAAGGACCAGAGGGAGUUGGAGGAGUCUGAGGGACCCAUUUCUGUAAUCAUGACUCCGACCAGAGAGCUGGCUCUACAAAUCACCAAAGAGUGUAAGAAGUUCUCUAAAGCGCUGGGACUCCGGGUUGUGUGUGUUUAUGGAGGCACGGGAAUCAGUGAACAGAUUGCUGAGCUGAAGCGAGGAGCAGAGAUCAUUGUGUGCACACCUGGAAGGAUGAUUGACAUGUUGGGUGCCAACAGCGGUCGCGUUACCAACCUGCGACGAGUUACAUACGUGGUAUUGGACGAAGCAGACAGAAUGUUCGACAUGGGCUUUGAGCCACAGGUGAUGCGAAUUGUGGACAAUGUGCGUCCAGAUCGGCAGACCGUCAUGUUCUCGGCUACGUUUCCCAGAGCCAUGGAGGCGCUGGCUCGUAGGAUACUGUCCAAACCCAUUGAGGUCCAGGUGGGAGGUCGCAGCGUGGUUUGCUCUGAUGUGGAACAACAUGUGCUGGUGAUUGAGGAGGACAAGAAAUUCUUGAAGCUCCUAGAGAUUCUGGGACACUAUCAGGAGAAGGGUUCCGUCAUCAUCUUUGUAGACAAGCAGGAGCACGCAGACGGUCUGCUCAAAGACUUGCUGAAAGCCUCCUACCCCUGCAUGUCCCUGCACGGAGGAAUUGAUCAGUAUGACAGAGACAGCAUCAUCAGUGACUUUAAGAGCGGAGCCUGUCGUCUGAUGGUGGCCACUUCUGUGGCAGCCAGAGGGCUGGAUGUCAAACAGCUCAUCCUGGUGGUCAACUACAGCUGUCCUAACCACUAUGAGGACUACGUCCACAGGGCUGGACGCACAGGAAGAGCUGGCAACAAGGGCUACGCCUACACCUUCAUCACAGAGGAGCAGGUUCGCUAUGCUGGAGAUAUCAUCAAGGCCCUGGAGCUGUCUGGCUCUCCGGUUCCCCCUGACCUGGAGCAGCUUUGGGGCUCCUUCAGAGACCAACAGAAAGCGGAGGGUAAGACUAUCAAGAGUAGCAGCGGCUUCUCAGGAAAAGGAUUCAAGUUUGAUGAGACGGAACAUGCUUUGGCCAAUGAGAGAAAGAAGCUGCAGAAAGCUGCUCUGGGACUGCAGGACUCUGAUGACGAGGACGGAGCACUGGAUAUUGAGGAGCAAAUUGAGAGUAUGUUCAACUCCAAGAAGAGAGUGAAGGAUCUCUCUGCCGCCGGAGCAGCUGGUGGUCUCACAGGUGCAGUUUCCACAACAGCCGCCUCCUCCGGAGGGUUGCCAGGCCUCGGCCCCACCUCCGCCGGCAACAUCCAAAAACUGGAGAUGGCCAAGAGGCUGGCACUCAAGAUCAAUGCACAGAAGAACCUGGGUGCUGAGGCACAGGAUGUGAUGCAACAGGCCACCAACGCCAUUCUGCGUGGCGGCACCAUCAUGACACCAUCUGUGUCAGCCAAAACCAUCGCAGAGCAGCUGGCAGAGAAGAUUAACGCCAAACUAAACUACACGCCCGUGGAGAAACUGGAGGAGGAGCGGCAAGCGGCGGAACAGGCAGAAACCGUCAAAAGAUAUGAAGAGGAGCUGGAAAUCAACGACUUCCCUCAAACGGCCAGGUGGAAGGUGACAUCCAAGGAAGCUCUGCAGAGGAUCGGUGAAUAUUCUGAAGCCGCAAUCACCAUCAGAGGAACUUACUUCCCUCCUGGAAAAGAGCCCAAGGAAGGAGAACGCAAGAUCUACCUUGCUAUAGAAAGUGCAAAUGAACUUGCUGUGCAGAAGGCUAAAACAGAGAUUACUCGGCUUAUCAAAGAAGAGCUCAUCAGAUUGCAAAAUUCCUACCAACCGACGAGCAAAGGUCGCUACAAAGUGUUGUAGAGGAAGCGAAACGCAGUCAGCACUCUCCACUCCUUUCUGCAGUUUUAUUAAAAUGUCUGAAGAAUGUUUGUCCAUACAUUUUCCUUUAAUUUACCUGAGUUAGUGAGUGGAUUAUUAUUUUUUAAAUUUCCCUCAUUUAAUUUCAAGUGCUACAAUGAUUUUGUACAUACAAUGCCCAGAUGUCUGUGCCGUUACUUAUUUCCACAGUGUACCAACUGGUUUUCUUUAUUAAUAACAAAUAAGGCAGUUUUUGGCAGGUCUUUAAAAAUCUGCAUACUGUCUUUAUAUAGAAGUCACAAGAUGUUUUUACUUUUUCUUUGCAAUAAACUAUUGUAUUGCUAAGUGG